CACACUUGAAAAGGGGCACAAUAUGGUUCCCUGUCACAACCAUAUCUUUCCCACUUCAUUUUUCUUCUUGCUUUUAAGAAACACAUUUUAACAUUCAAAUACACAGAAGCCACUUGGAGAGAUGGGAAACUGCCAUCGAAAGCUUCGCAAUAAUCUCACCAAUAACAAAGCUACAGAACAACAACCUCCUGCCACGGUGGCCGAAGGCAGAUCUAAUCACGGUGGUAGCACCGCUAGUCAGGAGUCGGUGCUGCCUAGGCCUAGGGGCCAAAUAGUAACACCAAACUUAAAAAUAUUCUCAUAUGCCGAGCUGCAAACCGCCACAAAAAAUUUUCGGCCUAGCAGCAUCCUAGGAGAAGGUGGAUUCGGGCAAGUAUUCAAAGGGUGGGUGGACGGUGUGACUUACGCGCCGUUGAAGGCUGGUGUUGGGAUUCCGGUUGCCGUUAAGAAGUUGGAUUCCGGUAGCAUUCAAGGUCUUAAAGAAUGGCAGGCAGAAGUGGAGUUAUUGGGAAAGUUUAUUCACCCAAAUCUAGUAAAACUCUUGGGAUAUUGUUGGGAAGAUCAAGAGUUCCUUCUGGUCUAUGAAUAUAUGCAAGAAGGAAGCUUAGAAAACCAUCUCUUUAAAAGCAGUGAACCACUUCCAUGGGAGACAAGGAUCAAAAUCGCCAUGGGAGCAGCUCAGGGACUUUCUUUCUUGCAUAAUACCGAAAGAAAAGUUAUCUAUAGAGAUUUUAAAUCCUCAAAUGUCUUAUUAGAUGGUGAGUUUAACGCGAAACUCUCAGAUUUUGGAUUGGCAAAGCUAGGUCCAGUUAAUGGAGAAUCUCACGUGUCAACAAUGAUAGUGGGAACAUAUGGUUAUGCAGCUCCUGAGUAUAUGAUUACUGGUCAUCUAUAUGUGAAGAGUGAUGUUUAUGGCUUUGGGGUGGUGAUGCUAGAGAUGAUGACAGGGUUACGUGUACUUGAUCCUAAUCGACCUCCCUCACAACAAAACUUGGUGGAUUGGGCUAGACCUUCGUUAACCGACAUCAAGAAACUAAAAGGAAUUAUGGAUCCGCGAUUGGAACAACAUUAUCCAUCACAAGGUGUGAUUAAGGCAGGAGAACUCAUCCGAAAGUGUCUUGAUGUGAACCCAAAUCACCGGCCUUCAAUGGAGAAAGUGGUGGCGAGUUUAGAAGAGAUCAAUGCAAUCAGAAUGAAACCAAAGCGGUUAAAGAUCAACAAUGGACACUUGAUGAGCCCACACCAUGAACAAAGCUAUGGUGAUCAUCGUCGUGAGAAGUGCCAUCGUUCUCCCCUCCAUGUGAAGCAACGGGGAGGGGUUUGGGUCGAUAGAUCACCCGUCCAAUAGUAUAAAUAGAAGGAAUUCCAUUAAUUCAAAUUAAAAGUUUUGUUUUAACUCGUUUGAUUAUUAUUUUUGAUUGUUU